AUUUAGGAUUCAUCAUUCAUUUGACAAAGAAGUCGACCAUCUUUUCCAUCCCCUCAGAUCUUCUCCCUCGGCCCUCCAUCUCUCUCCGGUCCGGCCACUCUCCAUCUCUCUCAGGUCCGGCGACUCUCCAUCUAUCCGGUUCUCCCCGAAACACUCAAAGCUUAGCUCCUCGCACCGUUCCAUCAAAAUCCGCCAAAGGGAAAUUUUAUUGCCAAUACUAAACUACAAUGGCCACUUUUCUGCCUGCGACCACGGACUCCCUUGCACAGGCUCUAGAAGCAAGUAGCACUGCAGACUCCAUCUUAAUUCUGCAGAGAUUACUUGCAGAUCCUUCUUCUUCGCCUGAUGCUUUGCGCAUAAAGGAACAGGCAAUCACAAAGCUCACUGAUUAUCUCAGGCAAGAAAACAAGGCUGAAGAUCUUCGGAUUCUUCUGACCCAGUUGAGGUCCUACUUUUCCUUGAUCCCCAAAGCUAAAACUGCGAAAAUAGUGCGUGUAAUCAUCGAUACGGUGGCUAAAAUACCUAAUUCAACCGAACUCCAGAUCUCCCUUUGCAAAGAUAUGAUACAGUGGACUCGUGAUGAGAAGAGAACUUUCCUUCGCCAACGGGUUGAGGCCCGACUUGCUGCUUUGUUAAUGGAGACCAAGGAGUUUCCCGAAGCAUUGUCUCUCCUCUCAGGUCUGAUAAAAGAGGUAAGAAGAUUAGAUGACAAACUUCUCUUAGUAGACAUUGAGUUAUUAGAGAGCAAACUUCAUUUCUCUUUGAGAAACCUCCCGAAAGCCAAGGCUGCCCUAACUGCAGCUAGAACAGCAGCCAACGCCAUAUACGUGCCGCCAGCUCAGCAGGGGACAAUCGACCUGCAAAGUGGGAUACUUCAUGCCGAGGAAAAAGACUAUAAAACUGGAUACAGUUACUUCUAUGAAGCUUUUGAGGCCUUCAAUGCUCUUGAAGAUCCAAGAGCAGUAUACAGUCUGAAAUACAUGCUUUUGUGCAAAGUCAUGGUGAAUCAAGCUGAUGAUGUUGCUGGAAUCAUAUCUUCGAAAGCAGGGUUGCAGUACUUAGGCCCGGAUCUUGAUGCCAUGAAAGCUAUUGCUGAUGCUUAUUCGAAGCGUUCUCUGAAACUCUUUGAGGCUUCAUUAGUGAACUUUAAGGCUCAAUUGCAAGAAGAUCCGAUUAUUCACAGGCAUUUAUCAUCUUUAUAUGAUACUCUGUUGGAGCAGAAUCUUUGCAGAUUGAUUGAGCCGUUUUCAAAGGUUGAGAUCUCCCACAUUGCAGAACUGAUCGAACUCCCCGUUGAUCACGUGGAGAGGAAAUUGUCUCAGAUGAUUUUGGAUAAGAAAUUUGCAGGGACUCUUGAUCAAGGUGCAGGUUGCCUCAUUAUCUUUGAUGAUCACAAAACUGAGGAUAUAUAUGAAGCUACACUGGAUACCAUUUCGAAUGUUGCGAAGGUUGUUGAUAGCCUCUUUGUCAGAUCUGCUAAGAUUAUGGCUUAAGGGUACGAGCAUUAAUGUGCCUGUUUUGUUUCCGUAUAAAAUGAACCGUUACCUUGAAAAGUUGUAGAAACUGAUACCGAUUCUGUUUUUGAAUAUUGUCUCGGAUCUAACUGAUACCGAUUUUUACCAGUUGUUGUCUACUACAGAAUCUGAAGAGUUGCUUUUGUGUUAUAUUUUUCAGGUGUUGUGACUUGUGACU